GUCAAAAUGUCCCGUGUAACAAGAGGUUUUGUAGCUAGUCGGUCAAAAUUUGUCUUUCAUUCACACAAAUAAAAGCCAGCCGUAGUUGUAUUUAGUUUAAAUUUAGUAGUAAUGAAACUGUUCCAGGCUCUCCGUGAUGUCAGCAAGUUCAGAACCGUUUUCGACUUCGGUGAACGGGAAGUGGCUCAUUGGUUCCCCGGACACAUGGCUAAAGGACUCAAGCAGAUGAGAGCCAACCUCAAGAAUGUGGACUGCAUCAUAGAGAUCCAUGAUGCCAGAAUCCCCUUCUCUGGAAGAAACCCCACCUUUCAGGAGACCCUAGAUGUCAGACCACAUCUGUUAAUUCUCAACAAGAUGGACCUUGCUGAUCUGUCCAAAAAGGAGAGAAUCCUGAAGACACUAAAAAAGAGCGGGGUGAAGAAUGUUGUUUUCACUGACUGUUUAAAGCAGAGAGACGACAACAUCAAGAAGGUGGCACCAAUGGUUGUGGAAAUUAUUGAGAGCCACCCGCGCUUUAACAGAGCUGAGAACACAAAUUAUUCCUUGAUGGUUACUGGAGUGCCCAAUGUGGGAAAGUCAUCUUUUAUUAACUCAUUAAGAAGAACACACUUGAAAAAAGGUCGUGCAUCCCGAGUAGGUGGGGAGCCAGGUAUAACUAGAGCGGUCCUGACUAAAAUUCAGGUGUGUGAGCGACCCAUAAUCCACCUGUUCGACACACCAGGCGUCUUGCCUCCUAAGAUUGAGAGUGUUGAAACAGGCAUGAAACUGGCUUUAUGUGGAACUAUUCUGGACCAUUUAGUGGGUGAAGACAUUAUCGCUGACUACUUACUCUAUUCUCUGAACAGGCUGGAGAAAUUCAGUUAUGUGGAAAAAUACGACCUCCAAGAGCCCAGUGAUGACAUCCACAGUGUCCUCAAACGCAUCGCCAUAAAACUCAGGAAGACUCAACGGGUCAAAGCCAUUACCGGAGUGGGAAACAUUACCAUCACUGUCCCAAACUACACAGCAGCAGCUUACGAUUUCAUAAGAGCCUUCAGGAAAGGAGAGCUGGGACAAGUAAUGCUGGACUGACCUGAGCGUUUGUGGGUUUUGCCGGUUUGCCCUCAGCCUGGAAGGAUCUAUAUUUAACCACAAAAGUGUCAUCAAGGGAGCAUAGUCAGGCUCUGUCCUCAUGCCUUUGACAUUUUGAGGACAUGAUGCAGUCAGUUUUGUUUAUGGAUGAUGUAAAAUGUCAACAAAGUGCUGUAUCCUUUGUAAAUAAAAGAACUGAACUUGAUUAAGGUAGGACAUUUGCUCUCAGCUUUGUUUUUAGAACACAUGAGGCGAAAAUCUGACUCAGUGUAAACAGGAUAUUUAUUAGCAUAAAGACAGUGAUAACAAACUCUUUAGUUAUUAUUCACACAAGUGUUGUAGCAGAUAGAGAGUGCACUUAUAGAUGUGGAACAGUCUGUUGCUCCUGAGUGUCAACUGCAGGUAAAAAGGCUCGUCUUGGAUGACAGACAGACGGAAACCCUCCAGAGACAUGAAUAACACUGUAAGAAGGAGUUUGUUUUCUAGUGUCCCUCCCAGCCGUGUCAUGGCUCAUACACAGGUCUGAGAAAUUAAUUAGCUAAAUUACAUAAAAGUGUUAUAAAGAGCAUGAGUUGCACAGAUAUUUGAGAUGAUUGUGGAAAAUCUUUUCCAAUACACGAUACUCUCAUUU